GUGAGCGGAGAUCACGCCACUGCCCUCCAGCCUGGGGGACAGAGUGAGACUCGGUCUCAAAAAAAAAGAGGAGCUGUUUUCACUUCUUCGCUUCCCCAUUCCUUCUGUUGCAGUGUGUUUUGAGCCGCCUUGUAGUCCCAGCUACUCCAGAAGCUGAGGCGGGAGGAUCGCCGGAGCCCAGGAGUUCACCAGAGGCUGCAGUGAGCUGUGGUCACCCCACUGUACUCCAGACUGGGCGACAGAGCAAGACCCUGUCUCUCAAAGGGAAAGUAUUUUAAUAACUUUUUCAACUAGUUGUGGGUUUUUUCUGUAAUUCUAUCAAUGAACUUCUUUCGUACGAUGCCUUUUGAGCACUGUUUUCCCCCAGAUGACUCAUAGGUGCGUGCUGUUCUUUGUAAUUAAUUUUCAGCCUAUUGCUCAAGAUCGUCAGAAGACCUGAGGGAGCCCCGCUGAUCUUAGAACACUGGCCUAACUCUGUCUUUUCCCCAAGCAGGCAGCCGCCAGAAGUUUGUUGGAUUUGAGGAGUCCAGAGCGCCGACCCGCUCUGCCUGUGUGGACUAUUUCCUUGGAUCUUUGUGGACCCUGAAGUUGCCAAGUGUGUGUGCCUGCUCCAGAAAACAAAGGAAGCCACCAUUGUUUCUCAUUCCGAGUGCAGGGAAAUAUCUCAGCAGAAGCAAACAGUCCAGUCUUCAACACCUACCAGGAUGUCCAAAAGGCUCAGCCCUCAGUUACAGCACAUCACGGAAGAUGCCUGUUGUGAAACACACCUGGAACCGAUACAGCUGUUCUGUGAUGUUGACCAAAUCACACUCUGCAGCAAAUGCUUCCAGUCCCAGGAGCACAAACAUCACGCGGUGUGUGGGAUACAAGAGGCUGCUGAGAAUUACAGGAAGUUAUUCCAGGAAAUAUUGAAUACAUCGAGGGAGAAACUUGAAGCAGCUAAAAGCAUAUUGACUGAUGAGCAAGAAAGAAUGGCGAUGAUUCAGGAAGAGGAACAAAAUUUUAAAAAGAUGAUUGAGUCUGAGUAUAGUAUGAGACUCCGGUUGUUGGAUGAAGAGUGUGAGCUGAAUCUCCAGAGACAGCAAGAAUGCACGUCUGACUUGAACUUGAGAGAAGGCCUUCUGAAUCAAGUGAUCCAACUUGCCACAGAGCUAGAGGAGAUGUUCCAGGAAAUGCUGCAGAGACUGAGCCAUGUGGGGAGAGAGAACAUGAAGAAACUGAAGGAGAGUGAAGCCAGGGUUUCUGAACAGAUCUGCAGCCUCCAAAAACUCACCACGGAGCUUGAGAAGAAGUGUGGGGAAGACGCCUUAGCAUUGCUCAAGAAUGCAAAAUACUCUUUAGAAAGGAGCAAGUCACUGCUGCUUGAGCGUCUAGAGCCCGCUCAUAUCAUAGACUUGAGUUUAUGCCACAUAAGAGGAUUCAGCAGCAUGUUCAGAGUACUCCAGAGACAUUUAACGUUGGAUCCUGAAACAGCUCAUCCCUGCCUGGCCUUAUCUGAGGACCUGAGAACUGUGAAAUUGAGGCAUGGGCAGCAGGAUGGGGCUGGCGACCCAGGAAGAUUGGACUUCAGUGCCAUGGUGCUGGCUGCGGAGAGCUUCACCUCAGGGCGGCACUACUGGGAGGUGGACGUGGAAAAGGCAACCAGGUGGCAAGUGGGCAUAUUCCACGGCUCUGCAGACACGAAGGGCAGCACGGCCAGAGCUUCCGGAGAGAAAGUCUUGCUCACAGGGUCGGUGAUGGGGACGGAGUGGACCCUCUGGGUCUUCCCCCCUCUGAAAAGGCUCUUCCUGAAAAAGAAGUUGGACACAGUUGGGAUUUUCCUUGACUACGAACACGGGCAGAUAUCAUUCUACAAUGUGACCGAGACGUCCCUCAUUUACAGUUUCUCCCAUUGCGCCUUCCAAGGAGCUCUCAGGCCUGUGUUUUCCCUCUGUAUCCCAAACGGAGACACAAGUCCAGACUCCCUCACCAUCUCCCCGCAACACGGUCCUUCUUGUGAUGCUGCUGUUAGCCCUUAAUCUUCUGUGUGCAAACUCCAGCACCACAAGAGACCAGAAAGUUGGAGAACAGGACAUUGAAAUAAUUUUUGUAAACUAACCCAAUAAAAAGCAUUCCGGGAGUCGGAGCCUGAUUUAAUAUC